UUAAUAUUUUCCUCCCAACCAAACCCACUUGAUAAUGGAUAAUUUGUGAUGCUGAAUGGAAUUGAUUCAUCAUUAAUAGGCUAGUGUUUAUUUGUUAAGUGGGAUGUGUUAUUGUUUGUGAGAGAGAUUUCUAAAUGGAAUAUCCUCGUUGGCGAUAUACUAUUAAUAGAUAAUGCCUUCGAAUAAUGCCAUAGAUCCUUAAAUUUAGGACAUUGACUAAAUGGAUUUUUGAUCAUGUUUAAUUCAACAAGAGCAUGUAACUGUCUUGCAAAAGCUCUUUAUGACAAUGUGGCUGAAGCUCCAGAUGAGCUUGCAUUCCGAAAAGGUGAUAUCCUCACCGUCUUAGAACAGAACACCAACAGCUUGGAAGGAUGGUGGCUGUGUUCCCUACGUGGAAGGCAGGGGAUUGUGCCUGGAAAUCGACUCAGGUUACUACCUGGCAUGUAUGACUCAACAGGACUUGGCACAGAUAAUUCACUUUCUCUGCGUAGAAGCUGGGCAUCAAAUCCCAAUAAGGUUAUUACCCCACAAAAGAUUGGCGGUGUUUACUUAUACGAUGUUCCUCCUGGAACGAAAUUAACCGAAAAGACUCCAAUUCCACGCUACAGCCCUUCAGGAAGCUACGACAUUCCUCUGAGCUCAAAACCAAUUUUAAAUGAAGCAUAUGAUGAACCAAGGCCUCAUAAUGUAAGACCACCACCCAUUCCGACUGUUUAUGAUUCACCCAAAACAAAUGUGCCUGUUUCUGCUAACGAACCUGUUGUAGCAAACGAUCCAAUCUCGGAUCAAAUUAGCACUUACGAUGUUCCCAAGCCUUCAGAUAAAGAUUUGCAACCUUCUCAUAUUAUAACUAUAUCCGACAAUUAUGAUGUUCCCCCUUCUCUUUGUAAAAACAGCCCAUCAUUGUAUGAUGGGAGGGCAUUCAGUCGCUCCAGCAACUCGACAUCGGGCAGCUCGUCUUUCCGGUCACCCUCUGGGAGUCAUUCCAGUAUAGAGACUUUGUCGCUUUCAAGUGUGGGUGGAGGAUCAAACAGAUCCAGUCUGGAGCAGCAUCCGAAUGACGUGUACGAUAUUCCCCCUGAGCCGCAACCUGUGCUCCGUUUGCCUCAUCAAAGUUCUUUAUCACAAGAGACCUAUGAUGUACCGUCAAAUAAUAUGCCUGCACAAAUAAUUGACCCAAAACAAAUGAAAACCCCAGUUGUCCUUGAUGGUGUAUACGACAUACCACCUCAAGCAAUGCGAGACACGUGCCCUGUACCCAAGACAGAUGUUGUUGAUUCUUGUUGUCAGAUUACUGUCGCUGCAAAUAAACCUUCUGAAGAGAAAGAAUUUGUAAGCAUCGUUCCAGAAUGUGCAGAAAUGCUAUUGGAUCGUGAAUCGGCUGUGGAACUCCUCAUGAAACAUCAUCAAGAAGUUCAAAGCUCGAUUUCGAAGCUUUUCAGCUUUGUGAGUACAACUUGGCGAAAAUAUGAAAACAUGAAUAAUAAAUUACCCGAGAUCCAAGUCACCUGUCACAAACUCCAAAGCUCUAUAGUAGAUUUGUUCAAUUUUUUCCAGGGUGCUUUAGCAAAUUCUGCCCACGCUGCUGAUAAGUCUCUUUGCUUCAAAUUAAAUAAACUGGUGAGCCCAAUCAAAGAAUCUUGCACAACCAUAAAAACUUGUGUUCAAGCAUUGGAUGAUAAAGGAUGGAUUGCAUCGAAUCUUUCCUAUUCAGAGGAAUCAUACACUCCAGACGAGCUGGACAUGCUGGUCUCCUGCGCUCGAAACCUCGUUGAAGAUGUCCGACAAGUCACUUCUCUCAUUCAGGGAAAUUCUACACUUUUGUUUAAAAGUGAACAAAGUACUUGUGAGAAAUCUAAACCACCUGUAGCACCUAAACCCAACAUAAAAGCCAAGCCACCCAUUUCUGCAAAGCCAGGCACCAAAUUGCAACAAAGGCCUCUACCGCCAACUCCUCAAAACAACGCCCUGAAGUCUCAGUUAAGCGGAGAAUAUUUCAAUGAAUAUGAUUACGUAAAUCUGGAAUCCAAAGAAACUGUGGAGAAGGAAAACGAAUCCAUAAAAGCGACCCUAUCCAAGGAGAUGUCUCAGAAUUUUGAUGAGCUUGUCAAACAGUCUGAGGUUCUCGUUGUCAGCCACACAGAGGUGGUCCUAGAUAAAGUCUCUCCCCUAGAUCCGAAGGAUGUGCAGUUAUUGUCAUUUUACAGUGUGCAGCUAGAAACACAUAUCACGCAUUUAACUAAAGCCAUUGAUGCCUUUCUAAUGACUAUUAAGAAUAACCAACCUCCCAAAGUAUUCGUAGGACAUAGCAAGUUUAUUAUUAUAGGUGCGCACAAACUUGUCUACAUUGGUGAUACUGUGCACCGCAACUUAAGUAACUCCGAGCUCAAGACGCAAGUUAUGCAAAAUUCAAAUAGCCUAUGUGACUCUCUCAAAACUUUAGUAGUAAGUACAAAGAAAGCAGCCGCAGACUUUCCGUCUGUAGUCGCCGUUCAAGAAAUGGUAGACAGCGUAGUAGAUGUUUCUCAUCUAGCAAAUAAUCUUAAACUAUCUAUUGUGCAAGCUUCGUAAAUUUUUCGCCUUCUUACACGCUGAAAAUAUUUUUCGGGGGCCAAUUUUGUUUUAAUAUUAUUCAACUCACAUAGCUGCCAAAUCUACUGAAUUUUCCAGUAGACUACUGGAUUUUGCCAGUUCUACUGGUUUGGUAAAAAUUCUCCUAGUUUUU